GGGCGGUAGUCGGUGCCCCAUCAUGGCGGCCCUGUGCGGGACGGGACUACUAUCCAGAGGAGGGACCGGAGGGAGGAGCAGCCCGGAUGAUGACGUAGGAUUGGAAUGAGGGAGUGAAUGUUCCGGGUCAGAAACUGGACGGGAGAGGAAAUUAACUCCGGGACGAGACGGAAAAAAACGAGAACGCCACCCUCUUCCACUCGGAGAUGUAGCCUGCAUUUGAAACGCUCAAAGAGAGGGGGCUUGAAACGCGGCCGCGGGUCGACGCGAAGACGAGAAACCAAGCGGCGAAAACACAGGUGCCGACAAACUAACCAAAGUGAGACAUCGACGGAGAGUAAUUCCCAUGUUCGUCGCGAACUAACCAGCGGCCACUUCACUUGCAGUUGGACUUUCGGUGCUCGCCUGAAGGUUUUGUGUUUUGACGGUGUAUUUACUCAGGGGCUGUCCCGCCGCAGCAAUCUGUUGCAUCCCUCGUCCUGCCCGCUGUUUGUUUAUCGCACGGGCACGAGAGGUUUCUCCCCAGUGAUGUUUCACUGUAUCCCCCUGUGGCGGUGCAACCGUCAUGUGGAGGCGAUCGAUAAACGCCACUGCUCCCUGUUGUAUGUGCCCGACGAGAUCUACCGCUACGGACGGAGUUUGGAGGAGCUGCUGCUGGAUGCCAACCAACUCCGAGACUUGCCCAAGCCAUUUUUCCAGCUGGUGAAACUAAGAAAACUCGGCCUGAGUGACAACGAGAUCCAGAGACUUCCACCAGAAAUAGCCAACUUCAUGCAGCUGGUAGAACUGGAUGUCUCUAGAAAUGAUAUUAUGGAAAUUCCAGAGAGUAUUUCGUACUGCAAAGCCCUCCAAGUGGCAGAUUUCAGUGGAAAUCCAUUAACAAGGUUGCCUGAAAGCUUUCCAGAGCUAAGGAAUCUCACUUGCCUUUCCAUCAAUGAUAUUUCAUUACAAGUUCUUCCAGAUAACAUUGGGAACCUUUCCAAUCUGGUAUCACUAGAACUCAGAGAAAACCUGCUGACAUUCCUACCAGAGUCACUUUCUAUGCUUCAUAGACUUGAAGAGCUCGACCUAGGGAAUAAUGAGCUCUACAGUUUGCCAGAGUCAAUAGGCGGUCUUAUCAGCCUGAAGGACUUGUGGCUGGAUGGAAACCAGUUGGCCGACAUCCCCUCAGAGUUGGGCAGUAUGAGAAGCCUGUUGUGUCUGGACGUAUCAGAAAACAAAAUGGAGCGACUUCCAGAGGAGUUGGGUGGCCUGGUGUCGCUCAUUGACCUGUUGGUGUCUCAGAACCUAAUUGAUGCUCUCCCAGAAAGCAUUGGAAAACUACGGAAGCUUUCUAUAUUGAAAGCUGAUCAGAAUAGGCUAACUUAUCUUCCAGAGAGCAUUGGUAACUGUGAAAGCCUUACUGAACUUGUGCUCACUGAGAACCAGAUACAGAGUUUGCCGAAGAGUGUUGGGAAAUUAAAGCGACUUUCCAACUUCAACUGUGACAGAAACCAGCUAACGGCAUUACCUAAGGAGAUCGGGGGCUGCAGCGGUCUGAAUGUCUUCUGUGUACGAGAGAACCGGCUGACGAGGAUACCGUCAGAGCUGUCGCAAUCCACAGAACUGCACGUGCUCGACGUCUCUGGAAAUAGGCUCACACACUUACCGAUGUCACUGACCACGCUACGACUGAAGGCCUUAUGGUUGUCGGAAAACCAGUCGCAGCCUCUUCUCACCUUUCAGACUGACCAGGAUCCUGACUCAGGGGAGAAGGUGCUCACCUGUGUGCUGCUACCACAACAACCAUGUGAACCAGACAAUAAAGGCUCUGAUAAUCUUGCCCGCUGCGGAGCGCUGGAGAGUCUGGUGAAUAACACGGUAGAUGACACGUGGGACAACAAAGCCAUGAACAGGAUCAGCGCCAUUCACUUUCUGGAUGAUGAUGAUGAUGAGGAGGAGGAUGACGACAAGGGAACACUACUUCGGCGGGCCACGCCUCACCCCGGUGAGCUGAAGACGAUGAAGAAAGCGGCCGAGAACCUCCGCAACGACCUGAACGCUGCCAAAGGCCUGGACUCCAACAAAAACGAGGUCAAUAACGCUGCAGACAGAGUGACCACAUCUGUGUGACUUUUACCUCCGAAAUGUUUUUUACCUCCUGUGUCUCGCCAUGUCGUCCCGCACAACCCCGCAGUCCCUUCUUUUCUUUUACCUACAAACCCUGGUGUGGCCUACCCCUCCUUUGAUUAAACCCCGGGGCACCUGUAAACUUACUCCAUCUCCAGUCCUGUGUAAAACAUGUUUGACUCAGUCUACCAGGGCCGCUGUGCCUUUCUUUUUAAUUAAUGUCCACAGUAAUAAUCUGCACAGAGAUGCUCCUUUUUUAGAAGAUAUUUUAAAGAUUUAUUACUUUUUUAAAUGCCUCUUUUUUUUUUUAAACAGACAUUAGGUAGUUUCACUAUUAUACAUCUUUAUAAUAUGGUCAAACCUUCGUUAAUGUAUUAUAUAUUUGUUCUAUUUCUAUUUCCAAAACACUGGUUGAAUACUUUUUACAUUUUGGGCAAACAUAAAAGCAGGAGUUUUUGGACCUACUGAUUAAGGAUUAUUGUAUAGUCUCUUGUGAAUAUUGAUACUUUUAUAUUUUUUGGCAGCUCAGAUGUAAAUAAAAAUGUAUAGCAAAUUUCUUAAUCAGUUGAAUAUUUCUUUUUACUUUUUUUCCUUCUUUUUUUGAACUUGGUACUUUUGUCUUCAGAAAAAAAAAAUCAAAGAAAUGAACAAAACACAGUCACUGAUGUCUUAUUCAUUCCAUAUAUUUUUUAUUGGGUGAGUGGGUGGCCAUGAAUCCCUUUUUGUUCAUUUGUAAAACAUCUAGUCCUAUUUUUGGAUAGUACAUUGAUUUGAUUAAUUAAUUAAGUAUGUAUUUAAGUACUGCACAUCAACCUUUAAUUACUCAUCUGCAACCUAAUUGUGCAGAAGUAACAAUGCUGUCUUAUUUAUAUGUGCUGUGCUUUAACUGUUUUGCAAUGUUGUCCAAAUAGAUGCCAAAAGCAGUUGUAUAUUUCAAAAAAAAAAAAAAACACACACAAAAUACAGUUUUCUAUCCCUUUAACAAAGAGUACU